AUCGGUAUUGGAUGCAAGUUGCCAACAACUAAAAUCGCGUGUGCGAUAUAAUCUAUCUAUCGGUCAUCUCCUGCUUGUAAUCCACCGUCGUCAAGCUGCUGAACCAUGGCGAUGGCGGCGUCUAUCCUCCAAGCUUCUCCGCUUUCGGUGAAUAUCAACAAAAACGUGCGGAUUCGUAGCUCAGGGUUGGUCGUCGGAGGAAUCAAAAGGCCAGAUAGAGUCUCCUCGUUAAGUGCGGUGGGGAUGGGAUUAGGAUUGGAUAGUCGUCGAAAGCGAUCUCUUUUGAUAUGCAACUCCGCCGCUAACGCGAAGUGCAGUGAAAGUCAAGGUCAAACACAAACCGUUAUUCGGGAGUCUCCGACAAUAACACAAGCUCCUGUCCACUCUAAGGAGAAAUCACCAAGCUUGGAUGAUGGAGGAGACGGGUUCCCACCGCGAGAUGAUGGAGAUGGAGGUGGAGGUGGAGGGGGUGGAGGCAACUGGUCUGGUGGCUUCUUCUUCUUUGGUUUUCUCGCUUUCUUGGGUUUAUUGAAGGACAAAGAGGGUGAGGAGGAUUAUCGAGGGAGCAGAAGACGAUGAUCAUGUGUAUACUUCAUUGGAUUAGUGUGUUUCUUUUUUGAGAAUCAUAUUUGCGUAUCUUAGACCUGAAACAUACAUUGUCUCGUUUUGUAUCUGUUUCGUUGAGCGGAUCACUCCAUAUGAUAUGUACUGUAUGUUUCUUGUACCAAAGAGAUGGUCGAUUUUUAAGCUUUUUUUACUUAUACA